AUGCCUGAGAGGAAUUUGAUAUCUUGGAACUCUAUGCUUGCUGGUUAUUCUAGAGCUGGGCUAGCCCAUGACGCAUUGAGGGUACUGAGAGAGAUGCAUGAGUGUGGAGAGAGGCUCGAAGAGGCCACUAUGGUUAUUGGGCUAUCAGUCUGUGCUAGCUCUGGGGCCUUGCGCAUGGGCGAAUGCAUUCAUGGAUAUUUAGAGAAGAAUUUGUGCAACUGUAUGGAGAAGAACUCAAGUAACACCAUGGUGAAUAACUUAAAUUGCUCUAUGGAUGGAGAUUUGAAUUAUUUAGGAGUGUCUAGUAAAGUUUCUUUGCGAGACUCAGGUUCAUUUGAUCGAUCGCUUGCUUUGAGAAAUGCUCUAGUGGACAUGUAUGCCAAAUGUGGGGAUAUAAUGAGGGCCUUCUCAGUCUUUGAGAGAAUGCCUGAUAGAAAUGUGAUUUCUUGGACUGCGAUGAUUUCGGGUUUCGCCCUUCAUGGGAUGGGAGAGAAGGCCUUGAGCAUUUUCUCGAGAAUGCAAGAGGUUGGUGUGAGGCCUAAUGCAAUAACAUUUACUGGGGUUUUGCGUGCCUGCAGCCACGUGGGUUUGGUGAAUGAGGGUAUGCAUUUCUUCAAUGUAAUGAGUAGAAAUUAUCAUAUUAAGCCCGGUUUAGAGCACUACGGCUGCAUGGUUGAUCUCUUUGGCCGGGCAGGCAUGUUAGAGUAUGCUUUUAAACUGGUGGAAACGAUGCCAAUUGAGCCCGAUAAUGUAAUUUUGCGGAGCUUGAUUAGCUCAUGUAGAGCAUAUGGCUAUCUCGAGCUAGGCGAAAAAGUGGCCAAACACCUUAUCGAAUUGGAGCCUAAAGAUGAGGGAGUCCAUGUUCUUCUAUCCAAUAUAUUCGCCAAAGCUAAACGCUGGGUUAACGUGAGGAAGGUUAGGAAAGCAAUGAAGGAUAAUGGAAUAAUGAAGACCCCUGGUUGUAGUUGGAUUGAGUUGAAGGAUGGUAUACACGAGUUUCUUCAAGGUGAUCAAAGACACCCACAAAGCAGAGCGAUAUAUGAGAUGCUUGAGGAUAUGAUGAAGCAAAUGAGGCUGCGCGGGUAUAUCCCAAAUACCUCAGAUGUGUGGCUUAACAUACACGAAGAAGAGAAGGAGACGGCUCUUUCAGUGCAUUGUGAGAAGCUUGCUGUUGCCUUUGGGCUCGUGAGCACGAGACGAAAGACCCCAAUUCGGGUCAUGAAGAACCUUCGAAUGUGCAGUGACUGUCACUGUGUGUUGAAGGCAGCAUCAAAGAUUUACGAUAGGGAGAUAAUAAUGAGGGAUCGAACCCGAUUUCAUCAUUUCAAGGACGGUUAUUGUUCAUGCAAGGACUAUUGGUAA